AUGGGCGUAGAGAUAACCCCCGAUGUCGAGGAAUCGACAGAACCUCCUAUAUGUGGUUUUACGGAAACCAAUCCCCAACCCAAUGUGACAAACCGCCUACAUACUAAGCCCUGCGAUACCGACAAAAAGUCUAUCCCACAUACGACUGAUCACACUACAUCCUUGGAGCCCCAAGCAAGUAAAAAAGAGCCCGACCAGAACGCCCAUCUUAUAGAACCAUCUGAGCUCGCAUCCCUCCUCCACACAGAUCUUCGAAAUGGACUCUCCGGCACCGAAGCGGCCUCCCGCCUCGAGCGCGAUGGUCCGAAUACCGUGCGUGAAAUGGAGGGUGUCUCCGUCUGGGGGAUACUGCUAAGACAGGUGUCUAACAGUCUGACACUAGUUCUUCUCAUCACCAUGGCCCUAUCCUUUGGAAUCGAUGAUUACAUCGAGGGAGGUGUCAUUACCGCAGUGAUCGUUUUGAAUAUAGUUGUGGGCUUCGUGCAAGACUACCGUGCCGAAAAGACAAUUCUUUCGCUGCAUCGUCUCUCCGCCCCAAUAUGCAAGGCUAUCCGAGAGGGUCGCAUUGCCUCUGUCAGGGCGGAGUCGCUGGUUGUCGGCGACAUAGUCCAGCUAGUAGUUGGGGAUAUUGUCCCUGCUGACCUGCGCUUGUUCGAUGGUAUGAAUGCUUCAAUGGAUGAAGCACUUCUAACAGGCGAAUCCCUCCCCAUCCUCAAAACUCCUCAUGUAACCCUAUCAUUAUCUGAUAUUCCUAUCGGUGACCGAACCAACAUGGCCUAUUCUGGCUGCAGCACUACACAAGGUCGUGCGAUGGGAAUAGUCACCGCAAUAGGGAUGGAUACAGAAGUUGGGAAGAUUGCACAACUACUACAGACACAGCCCAAUCUUCGCGACUCCAGCCGUCUUGUUAAUGCGGGGAAACGGGUGAAAGCAUUUUUCAUGAACGUGUUGGGCUUGGUUGGUACGCCGUUGCAAGUGAAGCUGAGCAAAUUUGCACUCUUACUUUUCGGACUGGCAAUCGUGCUCGCCAUUGUUGUCUUCUCGGUCAAUAAAUGGGAUGUUCAAGGCGAGGUUCUCAUAUAUGGCAUCUGUGUUGCCGUUGCCGUCAUCCCGGAAUCAUUGAUUGCUGUCCUCACCAUCACAAUAGCCGUGGGUACAAAAGCAAUGGCUAGGGGAAAUGUAAUCGUCCGAAAACUCCAAUGUCUUGAGGCAGUGGGCGGUGUCACGAACAUCUGUUCUGACAAGACAGGGACCUUGACCCAGGGAAAGAUGGUUGCUCGCUCUGCAUGGAUCCCCGGUGCUGGGACUUUGACUGUGAGCCAGACUACAGAUCCAUUUGAUCCGACGAGUGGUCUGGUCCAACUGGAUGAGAUUGAUUGGAGCUCCAAUCAACCCAUCGAAGAUAAUCCUGCUCUGCAUACCUUCCUACGAGCGCUUGCUCUCUGCAACCUUUCCACUGUCCACCAUGACAAUCAAAUAUGGAGUGCUGUGGGUGAACCAACGGAAAUUGCUCUUCACGUUCUCGCUUUGCGCUUUGAUUUUGGAAAAGACUCUGUGAUUAAGAAAAGGCAACUUCAAUUGCAUACGGAGUAUCCAUUUGAUUCUGCUAUCAAGAAGAUGACCGUUGUCUAUGACAAUUCACGGGAUAGGAUCAAAGAGGUGUACACCAAGGGUGCCCCGGAGACCAUUAUUCCUCAUCUUAAUAUUGAUGAAACAGAAAAGCAAAUCAUACGAGACACGGCCGAUCGGAUGGCGGGCGAAGGACUUCGCGUGCUAUGCAUCGCAUAUAAAACACCCCCAGCCGACGACGGAUCUCAAAUAUCCCCGCGAAGCUCUGCUGAAUCAAGCUUACGAUUUGGGGGUCUUGUGGGACUCUAUGAUCCCCCUCGAGUCGAAUCAGCCGCAGCCGUACGCAGAUGCCAAAUGGCAGGGAUCACGGUGCAUAUGCUCACUGGUGACCACAUCAAGACCGCGACUGCAAUUGCGUCAGAAGUCGGUAUUCUUGACCGUGUCACAGCAGUUGUCAAAUCCGGCAGACUGGUAAUGCCUGCGGAUGAAUUCGACAAGUUGACCGAUGCAGAAAUUGACGCGAUUGAGGAACUGCCUCUUGUCAUCGCACGCUGCAGCCCUGCCACCAAGGUUCGGAUGGUAGAUGCGAUGCAUCGGCGCCAAGCAUUUUGUGUCAUGACGGGAGAUGGUGUCAAUGAUUCACCUGCUCUCAAAAGGGCUGAUGUUGGUAUUGCUAUGGGCAAAAAUGGUAGCGAUGUUGCGAAGGAGGCUGCCGAUAUGGUUUUGACGGAUGACAACUUCUCCUCUAUUGUCAAGGCAGUUGAAGAGGGUAGACGACUUUUUGAUAACAUUCAGAAGUUCCUCAUGCACCUGCUCAUUUCAAACAUUGCACAGGUUAUCCUCCUGUUGAUCGCUCUUGCUUUUAAAGAUGAGGGAGGUGACUCAGUUUUCCCUUUGUCUCCCCUGGAGAUCUUAUGGGCAAAUCUUGUUACGUCUUCAUUCUUAGCCGUCGGUCUUGGACUUGAAGAGGCCCAGCCAGAUAUCAUGUACAGGCCACCACACGACCUACGCAUAGGUGUUUUCACCCGUGAGCUCAUCGUGGAUAAAAUGAUAUAUGGAACCUUUAUGGGCACACUUUGCCUCGUCUCAUUUGUCUGCGUGAUAUACGCCGCCGGAUCGGGCACAUCUUCUUUAGGUGAUGGAUGUAAUCAGGAAUACAAUCCAAGCUGCGACGCAGUGUUCCGCGCUCGCGCUACAACAUACGCGACACUUACCUUUCUUCUCCUUGUUACAGCGUGGGAGGUGAAGCACUUUUCUCGUUCCCUAUUUAACAUGGAUCCGAUCCGAAAUCCCAAGACCUUCUCCGUCUUCCCCACCCUCUGGAAGAACCGCUUCCUCUUUUGGGCGGUCAUGGCCGGCUUUGUCCUUGCUUUCCCUGUCAUUUAUCUCCCAGUCGUCAACCAACUGGUCUUCAAGCAUCAUGCUAUUACCUGGGAGUGGGGAGUAGUCCUCGGUUGUACAUGUGUCUACCUGGUGUGCGUUGAGAGCUGGAAGGCUGUGAAGCGGUCGCUGGGUAUUGGGAGCGGAAAGAAUGCAAUUCUUACUCUAGUGGAUGCUGAGACGCGGGCAGGACUGGCCACUCUUACACCACUAUCAAUGAGUGCGAAUGCCAGCGUGGAACUAAAGUAA